CCCCUUUUGUUAUUAUUCUACCUUCUCUAUCACGAUUCGAAAUCCAACAAAAAAAAGUAUUUUUUACAAUGUUUGUUGUGCACAUUGUUGUACCACUGCUCCUCGUCUCGGUGCUCUUAUACAUAUUUGUCUGCUGGCGGCCCAGCACUGUGGACCGCGACAUGUUCCCCAAGGAGAAGCAAAACAAGCAGCAAAAGCACGUUCUCUUCGUAACAGCGCACCCAGACGACGAGUGCAUGUUUUUCGCGCCCACUCUGGCGUCUCUCAGCCGCCGUCGCGACGUAACCGUCAGUCUUCUCUGCCUUUCCAAGGGUGAUUUCGACGGCCACGGUGAUGUGCGCAAGAAGGAGCUGAUUAAGGCCGGAGUGCGCUUCGGGUUAACCCCCGACAGUGUUAUUAUAGUCGAUGACCCGCAUUUGCCCGAUGACCCGAAGCAGUCAUGGAACGUGGCGCUGGUGGCUAAGACUGUCGAGGCUGUGGCGGCAACCGGCGACGUCGAUGCUAUUUUCACCUUUGAUUAUCGCGGGAUCAGUGGACACCAGAAUCAUAUUGCCGCGUAUAUGGGAGUUAAACAUAUGGCGUUGACGUCGCAAAAGUUCAAGUUUAGACCGUUGAAUGUGUAUGCUUUGGAGUCGGUUGGGUUUGUGAGAAAGGAUAGCCAGUUGUUUGUUGCUGAUUUGCAGGCGUACUCGAUGGGCGUGCAGGCUAUGAUUAUGCAUGAGAGCCAGCUUGUAUGGUUCCGUAAGCUGUACUUAGCCUUUUCGCGCUACAUGUUUAUCAACACUUACUCAAAAAUCAACUAGCUGUUCCUCUCUAAAUUUUUAUUUGUUUGAAUAUACUAGUUUAAAUUAGUGU